AUGUCUUAUGCUUCGUUUUGUUCUCUUUUCCUUCUUGCCUUCCUUGUAAGCUUCAUAUCUUAUGCACAGCAACAAGACCCAACUUACAUAUACCAUACUUGUCCUAACGCAACAACUUAUUCAAAAUAUAGCAGUUACUCCACUAAUCUCAAAAGCCUUUUAAUCUCUCUUUCUUCCAACAGUGGAUCUUCUUCCAGUGGAUUCUACAGCACCGCUGCAGGUCAGACCCCUGACGUGGUAUUCGGGCUUUUCCUGUGCCGCGGAGAUGUCUCGCAGGAAGUCUGUCGUGAAUGCGUAGUCUUUGCCGCCAAGGACACCUUAAAUCUGUGUCCGAAUGAGAGAACGGUCACGCUCUAUUACGAUGAGUGUAUGCUCAGAUACUCUGACGGGAAUAUUCUCAUGGACUUUUCAAUGAAUGGAGGCAUUAUCUUGUUUAACCCCCUGAAUUUUACAUCAAACCAACAAGACCGGUUCAUAGAUUUGGUCCUGUCCACGAUGAACCAAUUAGCAACCGAGGCAUCCAACAGUUCCAGAAGAUUCCAUGCGAGAAAAGCCAAUUUUUCCGCGUUACAAAACUUGUACGGACUGGCUCAGUGCACUCCUGAUCUGACGAGUCAAGAAUGUUUGGAGUGUCUACAACUUAGCAUCAAUCAGUUACCUACCGACAAGAUCGGUGGAAGACUUAUUGUGCCGAGUUGUAGUUCAAGAUACGAGCUUUACCUGUUCUACAACGAAACCGCCAUUGGAAGACCCCAACUGCAGCUGGAUUCAGCCCCACCACCGGUUUUUGAGAAUACAGGAAAAGGCGGAAACUCGUCUGUCAUAAUCUUGGCUGUUGUUGUUCCAGUCACUGCAGUUUUUCUUCUUUUCGUAGCUGUUUUUGUUUUCCGGGCUAAGAGAAAAAAGACGGUUUACGAGAUGGAACCACUAGCUGAAGGUGGAAAACUCCCCUUUCUUUAG